AUGGGAUCUAAUGGUGAUCGAUUUCAUGUUGCUUUUUGCAAUAACUUUCCAUCAUGUUCUGAAUGCAAACUCAAGCAAAAAAGAUUAACAACUAUUGAAUCUCAAUUAACCUUAUUGAAUUCUUUACCAAAUAAUGAAGAUAUUAUUGGUUACAUUGAUAAUGAUCUACAUAAUAAAAAGAAUAAUAAUUCAUUAGAUAAUUCAAAUGAUAAUUAUAGAAAAGUUAUUAAGUUAUGGCAAACUGUACAAACUAAUAAACGUUAA